GCCCACCCAGUAACCUCGCCUCUAAACCGACAGGAGCAUCGACUGCCCCCCCCCCCCAGCACUGGGUGAGGAGGUCCCUGGCACUGCGCUUGGCAGCACCUAUCAGUGGGACAGAAGAGCUGUGCUAGUUAGCCUGGCAUCAUCACGGAGACAAGGAGGCUGUGCCAGUCCACCUAAUGGGCAGAGGUUACCCGCAUAGGAAUAUAGCCCUGGCUUCAUAGGAAGAAAGCUGGAUUUGUAUCGUGUGGAUAACAGGAGAGAAAAUGAGGUUUGCAUGAAGAUCCUGUACCCAGUGUAAGAGGAUUGCUUGUACUACAGGAGCAGCACAGUCUGGAGCUCACACUUGUUGCUCUCUUGUAUAGAGAAGAAUUGGCUGGGAGAGUCUUAUUACCACUGUCCCCAAUGAUACCAGUUGGAUGUAGCCUGCCCUCAGACACAAACCAUGGAAAAUAAAAAAGGAACAAGCUCCAGUUCACCACAGCCCUGCCCAGGAGCAGAAACCAGCAGAUACCCAUCUUCUCCUGGAAACCAGAUGGACCUCUUUGAACAUGUCGCAGAGAGCUCAGCCAUUUCAUUGGACAGUCUGCUUUAUCAGAGAUCCGAGGAUGAAUACUCCUAUCAGAAAGGGGAAGGACCAGGGAAUUCUGAUAACAAUGAGUUCCAAAGUGUCCUGGAUUCCAUCCUGGAAUCUUCUUCAGGUCACCUCCUGCCAUGGUCCGAUUUCAUGGGCUCUGAAAUAACCUCUAUCUUUGGAUCCUCUCCUAAAGUUAGGACACCGUCUGGCCAGGGAGAGGUAGGAGCCACCCAAGAUGCAGCACCCCCUAAAGGAACGACCAAAACCAGUGUAGAAACGGAUCCCUACGAAGCUUCAAGCACUAACUGUCCUUCACUUACACAAGAGCUAAAGACAAUUAACAUGUCAGUAUUGCCACUAAAUCCUGUGUAUUCAGCAACACAGUCACGACAGAUCUUGGAAUUGGAAGGAGACAACCAAAAGUCUUUAUCUCCAAACACAAGUCAGCAUUUGGCUGGAUCCACCAGUCCCCAGUCUAACACCAAACAAGGUUCUUAUUUUCAUCAUGAAAUUCAGCCUGAAUCCAAAGUUAAAAAAGAAGGAGAUGGGGUUCCUCCAUUAAAGUCCCCAUCAGGAAAUGCAAUGUGUCAGGAUUAUGGGUUACCACCCAAGCAAGCAAAUACUAGUGAUUCUGAACAACCCUUGGAUUUCAUUCUGUAUAAAAGUACCUCUGAUGCUGUGUAUGACUCUUAUAGAUCAGCCCCAGGGAGUGCAGCUCAAUCCCCAACUCAUGUUCUACCAUCCACUUCAAUUGCACCCCAGAAUCCAUACCAAACAUUUUGCCUAAAUGACCAUCAGCAUCUUGACUACCAGACAACAAUCCUGAAGGAAAAUUGCCUUUCCCAGAUGCAUCUACCAUACCUUCAGUUUAUCAGGGCCGAUAGUGAUCCGGAGCACGGUUCCCCAUACAGCUUUGAGUCGUUACCGCAGAAGAUCUGUUUGAUCUGUGGAGAUGAGGCCUCAGGAUGUCACUACGGCGUGGUCACAUGCGGAAGCUGCAAAGUGUUCUUCAAACGAGCUGUAGAAGGACAGCACAAUUAUUUAUGUGCGGGAAGAAAUGACUGCAUUAUCGAUAAAAUCCGGAGAAAGAACUGUCCUUCCUGCCGUCUGAGGAAAUGUUGUCAGGCGGGUAUGGUCCUUGGAGGUCGAAAGUUUAAAAAGUUUAGCAAAAUGAAAACUGGGAGAGAGACAGAUGCUGUUGUCCUUCAACAACCAAUGGUUAUUCCGGUGGAAUGUCAACAAAUCCUGGCAAGGAGAAUAUCAGCUCAAGAAAUUCAGUAUGUUCCAGAGCUACUCCAGAUCCUACAAAGCAUAGAACCGGAGGUUGUGUAUGCCGGUUAUGAUAAUACACAACCAGAAACCCCAAGCACAUUACUGAGUAGACUCAACCAGCUAUGUGAACGACAACUUUUAUGUGUUGUUAAAUGGUCCAAAUCUCUCCCAGGGUUCAGAACGUUACACAUUGAUGAUCAGAUUACUCUUUUGCAAUACUCGUGGAUGAGCCUGAUGGUCUUUGCCAUGGGAUGGAGGUCAUACAAACAUGUCAGCGGGCAGAUGCUCUACUUUGCACCGGAUUUAAUACUGAACGAACAAAGAAUGAAAGAUUCGUCGUUCUAUACCCUUUGCCUCUCCAUGUGGCAGCUGCCGCAGGAGUUCGUAAAAUUACAAGUUACCCACGAAGAAUUUCUUUGCAUGAAAGCUCUGUUACUCUUGAAUACAAUUCCUUUGGAAGGUCUUAAAAGUCAAAGUCAUUUUGAUGAGAUGAGGUCAAAUUACAUAAGAGAAUUGGCGAAAGCUAUUGGCUUAAGACAUAAAGGAGUAGUUGCAAGUUCACAGAGAUUCUAUCACCUUACUAAAGUAAUGGACUCCAUGCAUGAACUAGUGAAGCAGCUCCAUCUUUACUGUCUGAAUACGUUCCUUCAGUCUCGAGCCCUCAGUGUGGAAUUUCCAGAAAUGAUGUCUGAAGUGAUAUCUGCGCAGUUACCCAAAAUCCUGGCCGGGAUGGUGAAGCCACUUGUGUUCCACAAAAAGUGA